AUGAAUCCUUCCUCGGGAGAAACCACCACCAAUUCCCUUCAUGCCAGUCUUUUGAAAGGCUCUCACCCUGAGCAUUCGCUCCCUUCCACUAAGUCCAAUCCUCCUAUGGGCCCAUCCCUGCGCGCAAUCGGCGAGGAGAGGCGUGAUAUGGGAAACAUCCGAGCACUCUUUGGCUAUUUCCCAAAGGGAAAGAAAUAUAUUGACAACAAAACUCUCCGCGAAAUAUCCCACUUGAGGGAUGUUCUCUUCCUGAGCGUGCACAUCUGUCCAUCCAGGAUCAAGCACCAGGGCUACGUCGACGUCGGGAUCUCCGUCUUCGACACCCGCUACCUCGACAAUGGCAUGCGAGCCGGCAGAAAGGAUGAAGAAUGGGCCAUGGCGGCCGUGCAGUCCUACCACUUCUGCCUCAUCCCCGGCAACAAAUGGGGCAUCACACUCCCCAAGAGGAGGUUCAACUUUGGCCACUCGACCGUGAUCAUGCCCGAACAUCUACCCGCCUUCAUCGCCGGCAUCAUCAGGGGCCGCGACUACGCCGUCGUCGUCUCGAACCCGCAGUCGCGCCCCGAGAGUCUACAAAAGUUGGGCCUCGACCUGGGCCUCGAUCCCCUCUGCUCCGUCGACGUCGUCGGCGCCUACAACCUCGUCAUGGAGAAGCACCACACCGGCCUCAGCAACAUCAUGUCCGAGAUGCGCCUGUUCCAGAUGUGGACCAACCACCCGGGCAACGCGGCUCACUACAACCUCCGGGCCCUCAUCGGCCUCGCGACCCUCGACGCCGCCAAGAAGGAGUGGGAGUGGUCGACCGACUUCAUGUGGUACAUGACCUUCCUCGCUAAAAGCCCCGAGGCCAUGUUCACCGAAGGCUGCAGAGAGGAAUGGGUCGACUGGUUCUUCAAAGCACACCUCAAAACCGUUACGGGUCAAGAUGUCGCUGCGCAUCGAAAGGUGGAAGCCAGAAUGUGGGACGCCAAAACGAUCUAG